AUGGAUUCGCCUCUCUGCGCUAAUGGUUGUGGCUUUUAUGGAUCCAAGGAUAAACAAAACCUAUGCUCCAAGUGCUACAAAGAUUUUCAAGCACAAGAACUUUCCCAGGAAGCACCAGAAGUACUACUUGCUAAGAACAUGGAUCGCCUGCAGCUUGCUACGAAUGGUUGCUGUUUCCGGCCGCUUGGAAUGGAAGACAGAAGCAACCCGUGCUCAAAUUGCUACAACGCCGACCUUCUCAAAGAAGCACUUGCAGAGACAGUGAUCGAAGCACUAGGCUUGGGGAAUCCUGCAAAAUCAGAUGCUCAAACAUCCAUGACUUCGGAUAUAGCCACCAUUGUUAAGGGUUCUGGGGGCUUGAGGAAGAAGAGGUGCAAGAGCUGCAACAAGAAAGUGGGGUUGACAGGGUUCGAUUGCCGGUGUGGGAGCGUGUUUUGUGGAAUGCAUAGAUACCCAGAAGAGCAUGCAUGCACCGUGGAUUUCAAGGCUAUUGGAAGGGAAGUUUUGGCCCAGCAAAAUCCGAUUUGCAAGGCCGACAAGUUGCAUGGGAGGGUUUAG